CACCAACCCUGUCUCCUGUGUCUGCCUGCUCAAAAUUUGUCUACUAACAGGAAGCCCUUUCUUGUCCCUGACCGAAGCUGCCCGAGGUCAGCAGUGUCCAGGAGACCAGGGAGUUCAGGCGGGCCACCCAGAUGAGUGGGGAGUGGGUGUACCCAGGCAAGACCCUGAUCUGGAUUGUUGGGGUCCUUGCAGCUGCCACCGAGGGGCCAGCUGCAGAUGCACCAGUGAGGAGCACCAGGCUGGGAUGGAUCCGAGGGAAGCAAGCCACUGUGCUUGGAAGUGCCAUGCCUGUGAAUGUGUUCCUCGGGGUCCCCUAUGCUGCACCCCCUUUAGGACCCCUGAGAUUUGCGAAACCGAAGCCUGCGUUACCCUGGAAUGACUUCCGAGAUGCCACAUCCUAUCCUAAAUUGUGCCUCCAGAACACAGAGUGGCUGCUCUUGGAUCAACACAUUCUCAGGGUGCGUUACCCCAAAUUCCACGUGUCGGAAGACUGCCUGUACCUCAACAUCUACGCGCCGGCCCACGCGGACACGGGCUCCAAGCUCCCUGUCAUGGUGUGGUUCCCUGGGGGUGCCUUCGAGAGUGGCUCAGCCUCCCUCUUCGAUGGGUCUGCCCUGGCUGCCUACGAGGACGUGCUGGUUGUGACCACCCAGUACCGGCUAGGAAUGCUUGGCUUCUUCAACACAGGGAACCAGCACGCACUGGGGAACUGGGCCUUCAUGGACCAGAUGGCCGCGCUGCACUGGGUCCAGGAGAAUAUCGAAUUCUUUGGUGGGGACCCACGCUCUGUGACCAUCUUUGGGGAGUCAGCAGGAGCCAUAAGCGUGUCCAGCCUUAUUCUGUCCCCCAUGGCCAAUGGCUUAUUCCACAAAGCCAUCAUGGAGAGUGGGGUGGCCGUCAUCCCUUACCUGAAGGCCUCUGAUGAUGAGAGGAAUGAGGCUUUGCAGGUGGUUGCGGAUAUCUGUGGUUGCAAUUCAUCAGACUCCGUGGCCCUGCUUCAGUGUCUGAGGGCAAAACCCUCUGAGGAGUUGCUGAUCAUCAGCCAGAAAACCAAGGCUUUCACUCGAGUGGUUGAUGGUUUUGUCUUUCCUGAAGAGCCUGUAGACCUAUUGACUAAAAAAACAUUUAAUCCAAUCCCUUCUAUCAUCGGCGUCAAUAACCACGAGUGUGGCUUCCUGCUGCCCAUGAAGGAGUUUCCUGAGAUCCUUGGGGACUCCAACAAGUCUCUCGCCCUGCGCUUGAUACACACAAUCCUGCAUGUCCCUGUCCAGCAUUUACACCUUGUGGCUAAUGAAUACUUCUACAACAAGCACUCCCUGUUUGAAAUACGAAAUAGUUUUCUGGACCUGCUUGGAGAUGUAUUUUUUGUGGUCCCUGCGCUGGUCACAGCUCAAUAUCACAGAGAUGCUGGUGCAUCGGUCUACUUCUACGAGUUUCAGCAUCGGCCCCACUGCUUAAAGGACAUAAAGCCGGCUUUUGUCAAAGCAGAUCACUCUGAUGAAAUUCGUUUUGUCUUUGGAGGUGCCUUCCUGAAAGGCGACGUUGUCAUGUUUGAAGGAGCCACAGAGGAGGAGAGAUUGCUGAGCAGGAAGAUGAUGCGAUACUGGGCUAACUUUGCUCGCACUGGGGAUCCUAACGGGGAAGGCCUGCCUCUGUGGCCGGUCUACAAUAAGACCGAGUGGUACCUGCAGCUGGACCUGAAUGUGAGCCUGGGACAGAGUCUGAAGGAGCUGGAGGUGGAGUUUUGGACGGAAACCCUCCCCCUGAUAAUGUCCACUUCCGGGGCGCUCCUCAGUCCUCUCUCCUCCUUAGUCUUGCUGUCUCUGCUCCUGCCUGCCUUUUUCUAUUUUGCUCCUUAAAGAAGUUAUCUCCAUGUGAUUUCCAUUUUCCUUCUCCUUCUGCAAUUUCUCCUGCAAUCAUUAGCUUCAUUCUAAGUUUAGCUACUUUGUGGAAUCAGUUGCAUUUGCUGAUGUUUUAUGGACUGGAGAUGAUUCUUAGGGAAUUCUUUUCAACAUCGAAAAAUGCAGUUUGCCUGGAAGGGUACCAGAUUUCUACAGUAAAUCUGCAGAAGGGCUGGCCCAUUAUUGGGCAUAAUCAUGAUGUUGUUACUCAUAUGAAAUAAAUCAUAAUGUAAAAUAUA